ACUGAAUUCAGUGUUCCAUUCUGUUCCGUUGUGGGAUUGGAUUGCUUUUGCAAUCCCCGUCUCUCUCAUCACCGGCCGUCACUUUCGCCAACAACAACACCCCCGCUUUCCUCCUUGCUCCAUUCUCCCCUCCCUCUCCACCUAUCUCCGUGUAUGGAAGCAAAGAAGCCACGACUGUCAACAGUCAUGUCUGACGCCGAUUACAACACCGAUCCGGUGACCCUCAGCCGGUUCAUCAUGGAGGAUGAUCAUGAGCGCCGCAAACUCUAUGGCAAGACGCGCACAUCCCUCAGCUUCAUCCUCGGUGCCAUCGGCGUUGCCGCAAAGGUCACUGCCAACGCAGUGCAGAAUGCGGGGAUGCAAGGCCUCUAUGCGCUUGGUGGCGGCGCCAACCAGAGCGGUGAAGACCAGAAGAAGCUUGAUGUGCUCGCCAACGACGUCUUUGUCAAUGUCCUCCGCAACACCAAGAAGGUUCGCGUGAUGGUGAGCGAGGAGCUUGAUGAGCCGAUCGUUGUCGAGGGCCUUGAGCACGCCCGCUACGUCUGCGUCUUUGAUCCACUCGAUGGGUCGUCCAACAUUGAGUGCAACGUGUCUGUUGGCACCAUCUUUGGCAUCUACCACACCGACGACAAGAGCCUCGCCGACCUCUCUGACGGUCUGCGGCCUGGCCGCGAGAUGGUUGCCGCUGGCUACAUUCUCUACAGUUCGUCUGUAGUGAUGGUUCUGUCGACGGGCCACGGUGUGCACAUGUUCACGCUCGACCCGACCUUUGGCGAAUUCGUCAUGACGCGCCGGGACUGGCACAUGCCCUCUGUGCCCAAGAAGAUCUACUCGUGCAACACCGGCAACGCCCAAAAGUGGGAUCUUGCGACGCGCCACUUCCUGCGGCACAUCCGCGAAGAGGUUGGCGGGUACUCUGCCCGCUAUGUUGGCAGCAUGGUCACGGACGUGCACCGCACGCUGCUGUAUGGUGGCAUCUUCAUGUAUCCUGCGGACAAGAAGAACAAGCGCGGCAAGCUCCGCCUCUUGUACGAGUGCUUCCCCAUGGCCUACCUGAUGGAGGCAGCCGGAGGCAUGGCGACUGAUGGCAAGACGCCCAUCCUGGACAUUCAGCCAAAGGACAUCCACGAGCGCUGUCCCAUCUAUCUCGGAUGCACCCGCGAUGUGGAGAAGCUGCUUGAGUUUGUCAAGCUGCAGGACGAGGGCAAGCUUGAGGAACCCGGUACCGUCAUCUAAGCAACCGCAAUGCACCAGCAACACACACACACAUACACCCCAACAGACACAUAGUCUCACCAUUCUGCUCCCUCCUCCACCCAUUGCACCAUUCCGUUGACGAUGUGUCCUGUGUGCCUUGAAUGUGUGUCCUUCAUCCGACAUUUCUGCCCUGUCUCAUCAACGAAUCCUUUGCUGUUGACACCUCAUCAACGAAUCCUUUGCUGUUGACCCGACUCAACUGUCGCCCCCCCCCCCCGUUGUUGACUGAGAUGAUGAUGACCCUUUUUGCCCCUCCCAAACCGUCCAACCACGCACGUCUCCACUCACUGCCAAUACACCGUUCUGUGUGAAACAAAUCGUUUUCUACUUCUUGGGAAGUACUCACAAACAAGCACAAGCGUUGCAUGCAACUCAUGAUCGCUAACACGCAGCUCUCAAGAAGUAUGUAAAACCAUGAAACAAACAAACAAAACAAAACAAACAAAC